AAUUCAUAGCGUCUUCAGUUUUUGCUGUCCCGAUGUGACCUCUUUCAAGUCUGGAAGCUUUGGUUGUUGAAGGGCAGCUCCGUUGGGCUGUCUCGGGGAAUGCGUCCAGGAUCAUCAUCCAACCUGCCCAGACUUUGUGGGCAGAGGGUCAGGUCAUUGGCAAAUGAACCUCUAGAGUGGCAGCAUGUCUUCAUUUGGAAAGUUAACAGAAUAUUUCAGUCUGAGGAAAUCACGAGAGGAUAUCCGACCUGGACGCAGCACGGGACGGAGAAGUGGGAGCUACUGCUGUACUGUCACUCAAUCAAGGUCCCUGGAUAGAAAGUUGCAGAGGCCGGUCCUUGGGAAGUCCCUUACGUUACCCAGCAUCCCUCAGUCUCCAGUGCUGACUAGAGUUCCCCAACUUCAGGAAGGACUCCCCCGCCUCCCUUCCACAUGUUCAACCAGUACAGACACCCUGACAUCGUGCAAACUGCCACCAGCCGUGGACUCAUGGCGCUCUGGAGAAAGGCAGCUAAGCACCAGCACCUUCCCUACACGGAUCUUCUCUUCCCCAGAAGAAACCCGUCCCGGUCACCAGCAAGCCUUCCACAUACGGAAGAGCAUUUCUGUGGACAACCACCUUAGUUCUUGUCAUUACCCAUUGCAGCCACCCGACCCCCAGGGACAAAGAGUGAAGAGCAAACUGAGAAGACAAUUUAGUCUGGGGUCAGCGGACCGGAAAGAAUUUCAAACACCAAGGUCCCUUGGCGGUCUCUCCAAGUUCACACACAGGUUAUCGCUGAAAGAGAAGUCUGAGAAGAGGAAUGAUGCUGAGUUGGCACCUCUGGAGCAGCCUGUUUUCCGACAGAGAUCACUGAGCAUUGAAUGGUCUUCAUCUCCAAAGAUGACACAGCAGGUGAAGGACCUCCAGCUGGCACAGACCAAGAAGCCGUCAGGGCCCUCCUCGCCCAACGCUGCCAAGAGGCUGUACAGGAACCUGUCUGGGAAGUUCCGGGUGAACUACACAUCGUUCGAUGAAGGCAGCUUGGCGGCACGAAAUGAAAAGGAGAGGCUGCGGAAGUCAUGCCUUUUUCAGGGGAAUUCUGCACUCUUUGAAGCAGUGGAAAUGCAAGAUCUUGAUCGGGUACAAGAAUUACUGAAGCAAUACAGUGUGGAGGAGCUGGAUCUCAACACACCAAAUAGCGAGGGCCUGCUUCCACUAGAUAUAGCGAUCAUGACCAACAAUGCACCCAUAGCGAAGACGUUACUGCAGGCCGGAGCAAAGGAGAGCCCACACUUUAUGAGCUUGGAAAGUCGGUCGUUCCAUCUGUCCACACUGGUGCGGGAAGCUGAACAAAGAGUGAAUGACCUCACUGCCCAAGUUGUUAACGAAGCUCCCAAUGCAGAUUGUUCUGAAAAAGAAAAGCAGCUGAAAUCUUGGGAGUGGCGAUAUCGGCUAUACAAGCGUAUGAAAGCGGGAUUUGAGCAUGCACGGGUGCCAGACCCUCCAACCAAUGUUCGUUUGGCGGUAACCAGCAGCACCACGCUACAAGUGACAUUCCAGGAGCCAUUAAGUGUCAACUCUGCUGUUGUCACAAAAUACAAAGUGGAAUGGAGCUUAUCAUCUUCAUUCUGUCCAAAUGUGGGAGAGGUGGUUAUCGAGAAGCUGAGAAACUUGCAGUUCAACAUCAGAGGUCUUGUUUCAGGCACAAGAUACUAUGUUCAGGUAUCUGCAUAUAACAUGAAAGGCUGGGGAUUGCCACAAUCUUCACUUCCAGCUUUCGCUAUUCCAUCCAAUUGGCGUGAGUAUGAUGGACGUGCACCAAGAAGAAGAGGUCAGGCCGAAGCCCUAGAUCUUCUGCUUAGCCAGGUGAAGACGGGUCACCAGCACUGUGUGUGUCAUGAGCCAUUCAAGAACCAGCCGCAGAGCAGAAAGCAUUCUGUUUCCAAGAGUUUGAAGCAUCUUUUUCAUCCCAGUAGCAAGUUUCUCAAAAGCCUCAAGAGGGGUCUGUACCUUGCCUCCAUAUUUUAUAAGGAUGACAAUGUUCUAGUGACUCACGAAGACCAGAUCCCAGUGGUGGAAAUAGAUGACUCCUAUUCAUGUCUCUUGAUGCAAGACUUCCUGUGGUUUACGAAGGUAUCAUGCAUGUGGGAUGACAUCCUGUGGUUGCGGCAAUGUGUUACAGUGUCACAGUCCUCUUGUUCAUGUAUCCUGCAAACUCGCUUUAAGAUGCUGCUGGCUGUGUCUCAAAUGCAGGGCCUCCUAGGAUUCCAAGACUUGGGGCAGGUUUACUUCGAACCCAUUAAAGACAGGCAAGGAAACAUUGUGAUUGUGACUCUGAAGGAGGUGAAACUGAGCCAGACGCUGGAGAACGUACGCUGGAUGUCGGUGUUUAAACUGCAGACUCACAGGAAGUCUGUCUCAUCACCGGAGGAGCCCAGCGCUUUGGAUGUCCUACUGAUGACACUGCAUGAGAAACUGGCUUACCACAGAAGAAGCAGCCAAGCUUUGCCUGCUGGCCUCUAUCUGGGAUAUCUGAAGCUGUGCAGUGCGGUAGACCAGAUCCGAGUGUUGGUUCCUGAACGAUUACCCAACAUCCUCUGUAAUGUCAAAAUACGAGCCAAUUCAAACGUAUCCAGGGAAGAAUGGGAGUGGCUUCAGACCUUGGCCAUUGUGGACGAACCAAUCACCAGUGAGCAGGACUCAGAAAGCUGUCACAAUCUAUUACUGCAGGAACUUAGAAAAGCUGUUAAAGAUAUUAUGGGUCAAAUCAACAUUCCUCUUGAAGAGGCUAAAGACUUCCGUCUCUACAGUCAAGAGGUUCUGGAGUAUGGAGGCCAGGUCUCCUUUUUAUUGUUGCUGCCUCCAUCAGAUGAUGUCUGCACAGCUCCUGGCCAGAACAGCCCCUAUACUCCCUACUCAGGAUUCCUCACACUGCCCCUGCAAAUUUUUGAGCUAGUUCACUUUUUCACAUACGAUCGUGAUUUUAUCAGUCAGUAUUGUCAGUUAUCCGCCAUGUUGGAGCUGGAGUCUCUAUUGUCACAGCAAAGUCUUAGGGAGGCCUUCUCUGAUUCUGAACUUACAACAGCGAAGCAGCGCCAUCAGCAAGUGCAAGACUUUAUACAGCAAAUGGAAGAAAUCUGGAGAGAAAUGCGCUGGAUGAUGGAUGCCCUUCAACAUGCCAGGUACAAACAGCCGUCUUGUGCUGUGCCACUCACCUGGUUCCUCAGUGUUACUGGAGACAUUAUACUAAAGGAGAAACCUCAGUCCAACUCAUCUCACCUAGACUACUUUCCAUCUCCGACUCCCUCACCUGAAUCCAACAGGAAGCAUAACACAGAUCUCCUUGCCGCUCAGUAUUCUGACAAUGAACUGUUGGAUGUGAAGUUUGCAAACCAGUCUUCCCCUCUUCUAGAUUCGCAUGGCAUAUCUGAUGAAGAGGGCUCUUCUGAAGUCUUCCUUGCUACGGACAGUGAUUAUGACUCUAGUAGAGCCCAGAGUCCAAAGGAGUUAGAUCUGGUUUAUCCCUCUGGUCAGGAGUGUAGCAGGAGAAACAUCCGCAGCUUCAGAGAUGGGACACCCGAUGUACUUCAAACACAUGAGCCCAAAGUAAUGACUCAGGAAGACGACCGUCCACAGCAGCUUUAUGAUAGUGACUUUGUGCUUCCCAGCCGCCAGAUUGAACUUUUACGUAUUACAGAAAAGCGGCAAGCCUACUGUGUUCGUACCAGCAGCUUGGACUUUCCCAAACAGCCUUACAAGGCAACUCGGAAGUCCUGCCCAGGUUCUGUAGACAGUUCUCCCACAGAGUCAAAGCCUACAGGUUAUCGCAGUAUUCGUGGGUUGAGGACAAGCACUUCUUUUAGCCCAGACCAUGAUCAGCCAUGUGAAAGCUCACGGCGGAUUCACCGCACACAGUCUGUUGAGUGGAUACAUGACUUCCAAGAACCCUUGGAACCAAGAACUGUAGCAGGUCAAGGGAAAAAGAACAACUCUAUAACUCUACGGAUAUAUCCGCAGUAUGACACUGGUCUGUCUAAAGAAAUGAGUGUUAAGUUGCACAUUACGAGCAAGACACAGGCCCAGGAAGUUGUAAAGCUGGUGGUCCUUCAGAUGAAUGAGAUCUCCAGGAGCAUGCUGGGAAGUACAGAAGGCUACUGCUAUGCUGAAGACCAGCUAGACCACUUUGCACUGGUUUUCAUCUCAGAAAACAACAAGGAACAGUGGCUGGCUGAUGAAUUUCUACCUUUCUCACUCCAGAAUGUGUGGAACAAGGGUCACUUCUCUGUCCGUAUCCGAGAGACUUCUCCUUUACACUUUCAGUACGGUCCAGCUACAACGGUAUAAGUUUACAACCCGGAUGUUGCUCAAACCAGUCAACCUUCCGAGGGGCUGUCAGCUCAAAUUCAAUGCUUCCUCUGCUCAAUAAAGCAGUUUCCUUGUCCAGAAGUGCGGCCUCUGGGUGGAAAUAGGUUUUAAGAUUUUUUUUUAUUUUUUUUUUUCUUGUCAACCAAAGACUUAUCUUCCUGAAAGUGAGAGAAAUUUGACUGGCAUAUGAGAAAAUAUCUUUUACCACAACUUCUUCACUGGAAAGGAAUCUGGAAAAAAGUAUUUUUAGAACAACAACAUAAAACAUACCACUUACACCAAACGAAGCAAUACAUAUUUCUCCCCCCCCCCCUCCACCCUUUUCAACAAAACAUUUGGGUUUUAUUGAUGUGUAAGCCACAAAGACUGAAUGGGACCUUGGAUGCCUGUCCGCUUGUAUGUAUCCAGAGCAAAAGAACAAACAGAUAACCACAAGAAAUUAUUUCUUUUUUUAUGAAAAAAAUAUUGUUUAUUGUGCUUGUUUUAUUGUAUCCUGGGAAAAAAUAAUAAUAUUUUGUUGCACAAUUGUUCCUAAAGCAGUGUUUUCUAGAAAAAAAAAAACUUAAAAAAUUUGAGUGCGAGGAAAGCCUGGUACUCUAUGUUGACUACUCUCCCCUGUAUGCUUUCAUUUUAAAGAAAUGCCUCUCAUUAAUAGAUUUUCGUUCAUUGCCAUGACCUCCGUGCCACAGCCAAGUUUCCUCUAUCUUUGUUUCGGUGGUUGUGAAUUGGCCUUGCGUAUGUUAAAAACCGCAUGUUUUCAAGUACGCCUCUGUUACUCAAUGGGUAUAUUGAAAUUUUGUGGUCCACAGUACAGAUUGGUGGUGCUUCCGUGAGAAUAUCAAUGAACUCACUUGUUGAGGCUGUACCAGUCCACGUUCAAACAUAAGCAAAUUGGGGCUUUUGAAUUCUUUGUUGAAAUAUGUUUGAAGUGUUCUAUAAUUAUGCAUUUAUCUUGUUACUCUCUGUUCUUAUCACUGGCGCCCAUCCUCAACUCCGCCAUUUUGUAUUCCUCUCUAUUCAAUUUUUUUUGUUGUCUUUAAAUGAGCCAGACGAUAACAAACAAGACAUAUCAGUUGCUGUUUUUAUUUCUGUAAAAAUAAAGACACCACACAGUGUUGAACAAAAGUAUAAAGCCCUGGUGCUAUUAUUGUACAGAUAUUAAACAUUUUGUCAAUAUCAAAAAG